AUGCAAAUGGAAACAUCUGAUGAAACUCUUGAAGAAUCAAUAACUUCUUCAACAAAAUUAUUUGUUCAAAAUUUUCGUGAUCAAAAUAAUAAUAAACAAAUAUUAGAAGAACUUGUUAAUAAACAAAAACGAGAUAAAUUAUGGGAUAUUUAUUUGGGUACAUCUGGAGAUAUGAAUGAUAAAAUAAUUCGUGCUGAUAUGGUUCGUAUUCGUAAUAUUGAAAAACAAUUAGCAAAUAUGAAUGAAUACCACAGAAAUAAUAGUAAUCAAAGAAUUAAUGAUGAUCAUUUUUCUACAUAUUCUUCUAAUCUAGAUGAAUGGUCAUCAGUUACAGAUUUAUCUAUAUUAAGUUCACGUUUACGUACUCGACAUCGAUCAUCAUUAGAUCAUAAAAUUCUCGAAGAAUGGAAAGUGCUUGCUGAUGAAUUAAAAACUCAUGAAAGUUGGCCAUGGACUAUACAAAAAUUAAUUAUACGACGACAUUUACGACGACAACGACAUGCAUCAGAAGGUGGAUCAGUAUCUUGA